UCCGCACCCAACCGGUCGUCCGGCCCGGGCCACAAGGCCGUCUAAUUUUCCAACUCAAAGGGUAAGACCGGGAUUCCGUCAGUUUGUACGCGGCACCGCAGUGUUAGGUCCGGCCUUCCCCUCCCCGGUCAUCUGGUGUUCCACCUUCCGCAAUUACUUUUAUACCCGUAGCUAACUAAAUCCUCUUCCCCUUUUAUCUCCGCCUCCCCUGUAUCUUCUCCCCAGAGCACGAUCCCCUGCUUCCCGCCGUAACUGUACUCCCGCUCUCGUCUUCCUCAGAAAACCGGAGUUUCAGAGUAACGGGAAAACCCUAAUUCUUUCUUGCACGUGAAUUGACGCUUUGACAGGGGGAAUAGCGGCCGCGUUGGAGAUGAGGUGUUAGGGUUUGGGGGAGGAGAACUGGUGGGGUGUGGGGGAAGGAUGGAGUCGGGAGGGCACGCCGGACUUGGCGCCGGCGCGCCGCCGCCAUUUCUGAGCAAGACGUACGACAUGGUGGAGGACCCCUCCACCGACUCGAUCGUGUCGUGGAGCCAGGGGAACAACAGCUUCGUCGUGUGGAACCCGCCCGAGUUCGCCCGCGAUCUCCUCCCCAAGUACUUCAAGCACAACAACUUCUCUAGCUUCGUCCGCCAGCUUAACACAUAUGGUUUUAGGAAAGUUGAUCCUGAUAGAUGGGAAUUUGCAAAUGAAGGGUUUAUAAGAGGUCAAAAGAAUUUGUUAAAGACUAUUUCCAGGCGUAAGCCCAUACAUGCCAAUGCUCAGCCACAGCAGCCACAAGGACAGAGUGCAUCUGUUGGUGCAUGUGUUGAGGUUGGAAAAUUUGGGCUCGAGGAAGAAAUUGAGAGGCUUAAAAGGGAUAAGAAUGUCCUUAUGCAAGAGCUGGUUCGACUGAGACAGCAGCAGCAGACCACUGAUCACCAGUUACAGACAUUAAGUCAGCGCCUCCAAGGGAUGGAGCAAAGACAGCAGCAGAUGAUGUCAUUCCUCGCAAAGGCAAUGCAGAGUCCUGGUUUCUUGGCUCAGUUGGUGCAGAAGAAUGACACUAAUAGGCGCAUAGCUGCAGUAAACAAAAAGCGCCGAUUGCCAAAGCAGGAAGGUGAUUCAGAUGGUGACCACACUCCAAAUGAUGGACAAAUAAUUAGAUAUCAACCUGUUAAUGAGGCUACAAAAGCAAUGCUCAUGCAGAUACUUACCAUGGGGUCAUCUCCUCGAAUUGAGCCAUCUUCAAACCCCCCUGAUAGUUUCUUGAUUGAUGGUGUUCCAUCAACUUCUGAAGGAUUUGAGAAUGGAACUUCAAGUCAAUCAUCUGGCGUAACCCUUGCAGAGUUGAAACCAACUUCUGGGCUUGAACAUGGGCCUGCCACAACAGGACUUCCAGAGGUUUCAUCAUCUAUUGUGCUCCCAGAGAUCGAAACGUCAGCUUGUGUGUCUGACAUAGUUGCAAGCUUGAGUGAGCUACAUGACUCAAAUGUAGUUUCUGGGAUGUCUGAAUCUCUGACCCCAGGAGAGACAAUGGUUAGUGUUCCAGAAUUCCCUCAGGUGUCUGGAUUGAUUCCAGCAGGGGGGGCAGUUGAUAUUGCAAGUGGAACAUAUGUGGCUCCAACUACUGAAGCAGGAUAUAUUGAUCAUAUUCCAAUUGACGGUUCCAUGCCUAUAGCAGCAGAUAAAUUCUCUCCAGAUGUUGAUGCUGAUAUUUUGUUUGAUGGAAUGUCUAUGCUGCCAGACAUAAGUGAUUUUUCUUGGGAUCAGUUACUUCAAGGAUCACCUAUCCCAGAUGAAAUUGAGGUCGAUUCAAGCACCCAGGAUGCUGCUGCCAGCACAAAUGGCCCUGGAUCAAUACCGAAGGAAAAUAAAUGGGACAAUUCCAACAUGGAGCAGCUUACUCAACAGAUGGAACUUCUCUCAUCAGAAACAAAUGGGUGAAUCUUUUGAGUAUAUGAAUUUUGUGGGUUCUCAAGAUAUAACAUCCCUUGAUGUAGUAUCCCUCUCGAAAAGUGGCAAAGUGCUAAUAGAUUUUUCUGGAAAUUACUGCCAGUGGUCAUUAAAGACACCAUGCUCUCAUAUUUGCGGCUUCUUUCUAGUUAAGAGUGUCAAAAGUCUGCAAGCAGCUUUGCUAGGUAUAAAUGACCAGAGUGCACCCAACUGCUUGCUUUACUAGUUCAUCUUGCUAGGAAGGGAGGGGCAGUGCUAUAAGGGUGUACAAAGAUAUGUGUUAGUUCCCAUUGUGCAGAUCACUUAUUUCAUUUGUUUUGAACAGUUGAAGUUUGUUCGAGUUGCCCGUGACUAAUUAAUAGCCUCUGGUGCUGAUUCUCUAGCAUGUUAUCAUAUUGCUAACGGGGAAAGUAACAUCAUAAUCUUUAGUAUUUUCUACCUUACUGCUGUACUUCUGCAUUUUUCAGAUUAGUUAAUUCAUUUAGUUUAAAUAGUUGAAAUUUUGGUUAUGUGCUUCUCUAUUUUGUUGUGACAUUGACUCAAACUGUUGCAGUGUUCUGAUUUUAUGGAGUAUUAUUGCAAACAAA